AAAUAUUCUCAUAGCUGUGUCAGCAUGGUGUAUAACCUGAGUUUGAAGGCUGAGAGAAUGUCCAGUUGUGGACUGAGCUGAGAUGGCUGAUCUAGGUUGCGUGCAUUUCUUGUAUAUGCAAGCCUCUGAGGGUUGUCCCUCCACCAACGAGGGUGGCUGAAAGACUUAUGUACCAGCUCUUGCACUGCUACAGUUUGCAGGCUGGCCUAUUAAUGAAUAAUGUUCACUCAGUAGCCAAGAGCUACUGAGGCUGAAUAUGGAAGGGCCAUGGAAAGGGACAGAGCUAGGUACAGAAGCUGGAAAGUGGACGCUUGAGCUGCUCUGGCAUGGCCUGGGCAGCAGCACCCCAAUCUGCCCAUAGUCCAGCUCAGGUGAGGCGCUAGCAUGGCCGUGCAGCCUCUGGUCAGCUUUCUGUGGCUGAGGGAUGCUCUUGUCCAGCAAUAAGAGGAGUGCACCCCUUUUAUUCUCCUAGUUGAAACAAAACGAUAUUCUUAUUUUCUCUUUUUUUUCCUAAAUGAACACACUUCCAUUACAUCUAUAGUGUUUGGCCUUCGCUUUUGAACUCUGGGCAUUUACAUUUAUUCUUCACUUCUCUGCCCAGUGUUUAAUUUUACCUUUCCUAACUUUCCCUGAAAUGGCUUUCUCCCUUGAAUUCUGUUUCUGGCCUCGGUUAUUUGCCUGUUUAUAUAGGGAGAGUAGAUAUGUAUGUAAAUGGCUGUUGCCUUUGCAAUCGUAAUGUGAUCUUCAAAGGCUUGGACUGCGGUCACUUGGCUGCAUUCUUUACAUCAAACGUUUCUCUCAGCAAGCUGCUGCCAGUGGAGUGCUGCAAGGGCCCAGUCCUGGUAAUUGCCUUCUGAUCCUGCUCUGCUAACAGUGCUUGUACGCAUGAGACUGCUUUCAAGUUAGAGCUGUGCAGCGCAUAUGCAGUUAUGUUUGUUCCACAAUUUUCUCAUUUUUAUUGAUGUCAUCUGGAAGUGAGCAUCAGCUCCUAAUGUCUUAUGACUGUUUGGUGUGCGUUGAAAUACAGAAGCUGAUAGUGAUGGAGGAGAGUUAGCCAGGUUUUAGCCUGAACUGACAACAAGAGUGGUAUAGGAAAGGCUCUGCCCUUACAAAGGGAGUUCCUGAAUGUGAGGCACUGCUACCUCUGCACUGCUGUGACAGCUGCAGUACCACUGCUGUCUUGUUUGUGCCCUUGCUGCCUGUUGAGCUACAGCCUCUGUGGAGGUGGGGGUGUGCUGGUUGAACAAAUUUUCUCCUCCAGAAGACCGAUGGAUUGCUCUGCUAAUAGUACCCUUCCCUCAUCAGCAAAGUUGCUCAGCUCUGAGGUGGUGGAGCUUGAAGUAGGAGCCCUGGUGGGAAGGAGGCUGAAUACCCCAGGACUAGGAGGGGAGUGCUGGGGGAGGUCUGUUAUGGGAGAGAGGGAAAAGUACAUCAACUGGCAUUGCAACCUGCACAACAUGAAAUCCUCAAUGGAGAGGACCUGUACCUCUCCGAGGGCAAAUCAGAAGGCCAGCAAACACUUGCAUAUGAUGCUUUCACAGCUUUCUCUAGUUCCACAGUCCAAAAUCUUGAUGAUGUUCUGAUUUCUAUUUUGGGGACUGUAUAAGAUCAGCUGAUUAAGAGGAAAAAUAGUUGUACAAAUGCUUAGAAGCUAUAGUGAAGGAUUUCUGAAUAUUUUUUUCUCCUUUUCUCACUGAUGCAAAAUGAUAUCAAAAAGUAUUCUCAAAAACCAGACAAUGUGGGUAACAACGUUAAUGUUGUGGAGUGUUGAGUCAGCUCUGAAAGUUGCGUAUUUUUUACUCAACAAGAAUGCUACAGCCAACUGCAAGAAUAGGGAGAGUUUCAGUAAGGAAAACAUGUUAAUUUUCCACAUAAUGUGAUCAUAUUCAAGGCUGCACACUGUGUGUUUUUACUAUCAGUUGUUAGAAAUUAAGCAAAAGAGGGAAAGUACUGUAAAAGCUCAGUGUGCAUGCAUAACUUAGAGCCGCAUAGAUCUAAAUGGUUAAAAAGGGGUUCUCUGUUAGAGAGGAGGAGGGGAGAGUAAGAGUGCAUUCCCAAAAAAGUACAUUCCCAAAAUAAGAAGCUUACAUCAUGGACCUCUUCAGCUUUCCCACACUUCUUUCCUAAUUAUUGUCCUGCAGGACAGCUGAUCUAUUUCAAACAGGAAGCUGUUUACAGAUAACACUUGCAACUGUGUUGUCUGAUUUGUUGAACUGUCGAAAAGCAAAAGACAACCUCUUUCAAAUUAAAAACUGUCAGACUUCUGUAAACAGCAGCAAUGAGGUUCAUCUGUGCAGUGUCCCUGCAGGCACAGAGUGUUCUGCAGUUCCCAUUUUCUCAGCAACCGUAAGGAGUCAGUGACCUGUAAGUGCUCAUUAUGAAGAGAGAUCUGGUUUUCUUGGUGACUCUAAUUAGCCUUGCCUUCCUGUCACUGCUAAGGUCUGGAUAUCCUCAACAUAUUGCAGAGGAGUCCUGCUCUGUUCAGAUUCUUGUCCCAGGCCUCAAAGGGGAGGCUGGAGAAAAGGGGGAGAAAGGCGCUCCGGGUCGUCCAGGCAGAGUUGGCCCUCCAGGAGAAAAAGGAGAAAUGGGAGACAAAGGACAGAAAGGCAGCAUGGGACGGCAUGGAAAAAUUGGUCCUAUUGGUUCAAAAGGUGAAAAGGGAGAUAAUGGUGACAUUGGACCACCAGGUCCUAAUGGUGACCCAGGCAUCCCCUGUGAGUGUAGCCAGCUAAGGAAGGCUAUUGGUGAAAUGGAUAUCCAAGUGGCCCAGCUGACAACAGAACUAAAAUUCAUAAAAAAUGCACUGCCCUCCCCCGCAGCUGUUGCUGGUGUGCGUGAGACAGAUAAUAAGAUUUAUCUGCUGGUGAAGGAAGAAAAAAGGUACAAGGAAGCCCAGCUCUACUGCCACGGAAGAGGAGGGACGCUGAGCAUGCCCAAGGAUGAGAAUGCCAACAAUCUGAUCGCUUCAUACAUCAACCAAGCUGGGCUCACCAGAGUUUUCAUUGGGAUUAACGACCUAGAGAAAGAGGGAAAUUUUGUCUAUUCUGACCGAUCACCCAUGCAGACCUUCAACAAGUGGCGCAGUGGGGAGCCCAACAAUGCCUAUGAUGAGGAGGACUGUGUGGAAAUGGUGGCAUCUGGAGGGUGGAAUGACGUUGCUUGUCAUAUUACCAUGUAUUUUGUGUGUGAAUUUGAUAAAGAAAAUGUGUAAGCUUGUCUGUUCUUUAUUUUACGAAAAGUUUUUAAGCAGGUUGUAUAAGUUAGCCCAUGUUUAUAGAGUACAAGUAAUAUUUUACAUGUAUGUGACAUCAGUGUUGUACAGCUGUAAAUACAAUUUAGGUAUUUCAAAUAUCGGUAUUUACCCUUCAGAAGGGAAGAGCACUGAUGAGCAAGAUAUAGAUUGUUUUUUCAAUAGGAGAAUGUAUGUACUUAGAGAAAACUGUUGUUUGGGGCUAAAUUCUGCCCUCAAAACAUUUAACGCAUGUGAUUGCAUGAGUGAAAGGGAAGGCAGAAUUUGGCCUCUAGUUUUUAGAGUGAUUAUUUCUGAAGAAAUAGAUUCUUAACGUUCUUUUAUCUUAGCAAAUUUAAUAGUUAUAAGUGUUAAUUGCUUGUAGUGCUACAGGGAUAUUCCAGCAAGAAGGCAAAUAAUUUGUAUACUCCAGAUAAUUAGCAGAAAUAUUACUGUAAGUUUUUUUUGGAUGUAAGGGUGUUACAACUCUAUUUCUUUUUUUUUUUUAAAUAGCCAAAGCAAGUCAACAAAUCAAGAGUCCCGCCAAUUUUGUAAAGUUUCUUUAUUAAAAUGUUCACAGAUAUAUAAUGAGGAGGCUCUUUAGUAAACUGAGUUUUAGUGCUGAGAGAGGAUUAGCUUCAUGUAAUUCAAUACUGAAAGAGGGAUCCAUGCCAGACGAGUGCUUUGGGGUUGGGUAAAGGUAAAAGUAAGAUUUUGGUUUUCUGCUAUCUUUAGUUGAAAACAAUUCAGUGAAUAAACUAUUUAAAGCCCCAAAUAAUUUUUUUAAGUGAAAGUGUUUCCCAUUUGUUAGAGAUGAUCUUGGUACAUCAUCUUACAAACAAACAAACAAAAUACCGACCCUCCACAGUUUAAGGCAAACUACAUAAGUAGACAACAAAUCUCACAGAAGUGGUUUAGCUAAUAGCUUGUUUUGGCAGGAAAACAGCCUACAUGGUUCCUCAGAUUGUGGGAGUGACCUCCUGAAAAGCAGCAACAUUUUCCAAAAUUCUCCUGUUUAUGUAAAUAGCAGUAAUGUCAUUUUGCACAAAUAAUUUUUGUACUCAAUUUGCAAUUGCAUAUGAUGGAAAAUGUGAUGUAUAUUUUAAGAAGUCAGCAACAUAAUUUCACAAAAGAAAUGAUGAAUUGCUUUGGAUCGUCCCAGGAACCAGUUGCAUGACAUCUUAUUCUCCUUGUUAGGCAUAGAAAGAUGACUACAAAAUCUCUGUUUUUUUCAGGAAUACUCUGCACAGUGUUUUAUGCUGAUUUUUAAGGAUAAAUGAUUCUUUGUAUGACAUAGCAAUCGAUAUACUUAUCUGAUAAUUAUGGGAGGUUGAUCUACAACCAGAUUGGAUGUGGCUUGUAGUUCCACAGAUUGCCCCACAGCAAGACAAGAUCAACUGAAAUCAACUCUACGGUGCCAUGGUACAUAACCAGUGAUCAGACAAUUCUGUUCAUAUCCACAGUCUAACAAUAUUUGAUGUGAUGCUAUUAUUAAAUACCUAAUAAAACAAACUAUUUUGUUUGAUAUAUUUAUUCUGUGAAUUUGAAUCCAUUAUACAUAUAUGUUUGAUAUUAGUUUUGAAGAUCAGUAGCAAAUUCCUAUAGUAUUUGAAUAUACCAUCUCCAGAGCAACCAUUCUAAUAAAUAGAUGGUCCUUUGACUGCUUCACCUGGUCCUUUGACUGCUUCACCUUCUUUCUUAAGAAGGUAGGUAUGACUCCUAUAUAUAAGGCUUUCUUCAGACUGUGUACUGAAAUCUAUUAAGCAAUGUGAAUAUUGUUCUACACCAAUACUCAGACUCUACAGAAUUUACAGUGGAAAAAAUAGUUGGUUAGAGUAGUGCCUUUUGAAUAUCAGGGUUAUUUCCUGCCUGCUAUAGAAAUCCUCAGAAACCCUUCAAAUCUCCAGCAUACUUCUGUCAAAUCAUUGCCUCUAUAUUAAAAACAGUCUAAGCCUGAGUUACAGAUAUCUGGAGUUCCCUCAUUAUGCACGUACUGAAGAUGCUGGUUGUUUUUCACUCUGGUUUUGAAAGCCUCUGCUGUAACGGUUGUUUUCCUCAGAAACAUCAAAAGAGACCUUUUGAAGAGGUGGGAAGCCUUUUCAGAUGUAUUUACCUGGAAGCCACACCAAAUUUGUAACCAUUGCCUGGAUGCGUAGAGCAGUCUGAAUUUCAAUUAAAAUAUGAAAAAUAAAGGAAAUGUAAAAACCA